UUCACCCGGUAAUCUAUCGCAGUUUGAAGAUAUGCUUUUCGCGAAUUCAGAUCAAGUUGAAAGUCCGGCCGUUCUUGCCGUCAGAUUAACCACAAACGCUAAAAACAAGAUAAUUGGUCUAGCAUCAGUGGACAUCCCAGCUCAUACAAUGUCGUUGUGUGAAUUUCCUGAUGACGAACAUUUCAGCAAUCUGGAAGCGAUGGUUGUUCAAAUUGGUCCCAAAGAAGUUCUCAUUCCGGCUGAAACCUCCUUGGAAGCUGACAAGAUCAAAAUGAUAAUGGAGAGAUCAGGUGCCCUAGUGACCGUUUGCAAGAAGAGCGACUUUUCGACCGAUAAUUUGGUGCAAGACAUGAACAAGUUAAUUUUAUUUAAGGAAGGCCAGCAACAGAAUGCCAAUGCUCUGCCUCAGAUGAACCUAGCCACCGCUACUGGAGCUCUAGCUGCUCUCGUCAAAUAUCUCGAGGUAAUUCAUUCAUGAAUUCGUUCAUCCAUUUC